AUGAAUAAACAAAAAGUAAAACAGUUGUUCAAAGCUAUUCAAAAUCAUGAUGAUACUCGACUUCAAGGUUUUAUUGACGAAUUUGGACCAGAGGUACUUCUUACGGUUCACAAAACAUCAACCCUUUUCCCCAUCCACAUGGCUGCGCAAGAAAACAACCUUUACUGCCUUGAAUUGCUUCUGAAAAACUCCAUUACUCUCAAUUCAACUGAUACCGAUGGCAAACACGCGUUCCACUACGCCGCUUCAUGUGGCCAUCUUCCCUUUCUUGAAAGGCUCUUCUCUUCCUGUCCAAAUCAAAUUGACGCUCUCAAGAAAUCUGACUGGACGCCGUUGAUGAUGGCCUGCACGAAGCCAGGAAAUCUGGAAGUCGUUAGAUUUUUGGUUGAUAAUGGAGCGAGGAUGGAUUUGGUCAAUAAAGAUGGCUGGAAUGCUGUUUUUCUCGCUGGACGAACCGGCGACCUGGAAAUCUUCAAAUUUUUAGUUGAAAAAUUCCCAAAAGGACUCGAGCAAAUAUCCAAAAACGGUCGUUACACAAUCAACACAAUCCUGCAGCACGGGCACGUAGAUCUCUUGUCAUUCCUUCUUUCUUUGCGAGAAAAAGCAACUCUUGAAUCAAUUCAACGCGCCUCGGCCAUUCUCGACGCAGCAAUUUGCCCCAACACUCAAAUAUUCUCGAUUUUAUCUAGGCACAUUCCCGCGGGGAACGAGGAUUGGUCAAGAAUAAACAAAGCGGGAUUUACGCCACUGCACCUCGCCGCCCAGAAAGGAAAUUCGCAAAACGCUCAGUACUUGCUUGAACUUGGCGCGGAUAUCAAUAUGGUUCUCGCUCGACGAAUUGCUCUUAUUCCCCGACGACGAUUUGGAACUGGUCCCGGUACCUUCACCAAUCAGGGCAUCAAGAACUACGCCACCCUCGAGCGACAGGACGGAGCUUUGAACGUCUUCAAGGAAUGGACCGAGACCUUCCGAGCCCUCCCACGAUGGCUCCGACGAUUCAACGAAUCCUGGUGGAAGUGGGUCCCCGCUUGCUACGUCAUGUUCUACUGGACAGAAUGGGCGCACAAGUUCAACCACCACGCCAAGCGAAAGAACCCCGAAGAGUUCGCCAACGACGAGUAA